UUCCUGUUUGGUAUUUGCGACGCUCCGAAAAAGUGACUCCAAAUUUACAGUGCAGAGCGUUACCCUUUGGCCACGGUGUAGCUCGAACGUUUACCAACAUGCCCCCGGUGAAGAACGACGGUGACAGUGACGGGGAUGGUGAUAUGUCUGGGGCGGAGUCGGAGCACUCGGGGUCUAGCCACGGCCAGGAUCAUGAUUCCAGCGCAGAAGAAGCCGAUGAGCCCGAUUCCGAUGAUUCCUCCGAAAUGUCCGAGGGCGAAUGCGAACGCCGGCGGAGCAGCUGUUUGGAGAAUCUGACCAACCUCGAAAAGCAAUUCACCAUCCUCAAAGAGCAGCUGUACAAAGAGCGUAUGCAUCAGGUGGACCACCAGCUGCUUGAGGUACGCAACGGUCGAUCACAGGAGUACCUGGUGCCGUUGCAGCGACUGGCGGACAAAAUGAACACCAGGAUGGAGGUGGCCGAGGUGUUGAAGAACUAUCGGAUCCAAAACAUUGAAAACAAGUUCGCCGCAGAACGGCAGGCAGCGUAUCAGCAUUUUGAGAGUGAGAAAAAUCUCGCCAUGGACGCGAUCUACGAGGAGCUGAUGGAUAAAAUACGACGCCUGGAGGAGGAUCGCCAUAAUGUGGACAUUUCGUGGGCCGACUGGGGAACCAGUACGAAGACAGCGAAGGUACGGGGACCGGGCCGUAAAAAGGCCGUUACCGUGUCCGGGCCCUACAUCGUGUACAUGCUGCGUGAGGAGGAGAUUCUCGAGGACUGGACGUCCAUCCGGAAAGCGUUGAAACGAUCGACAGCUGCUGCUACCUGAUAUUUAGUAUAGUAAGAGCUCGAUCGUGCUAUUUUGGGUAUAAGUGCAAGUAAGCUUCGAGUGCUGAAUGAAAUUAGGAAAAAAGGAGAUAACGGUUCCCCGGGCUUAGCGAUAGUCCCGCUUUUUCCAGGGAAACAAACCAAGGUAGGCAGGGAGCAGGUGCAGGCUAGCUUGCCACACUUUUUUAUCGACGAAAAUUGUAAUUAGCCGGGUGAUAGAUACUUCCUUCCGAUUUCUGCUACAAUCAACAAUAAAGACGUUGA